GCGGGACACUGCCCCCUGCCCCGGAAGUCCUCCCUCUCCCGGAAGUCGCUCCUCCGCCAGUGUCUCGCUCUCUUUCCGCCGCCAUCUUGGGCCCCGCUCCGCGCACGAAAUGCCAGGUGAAGCCACAGAAACCGUCCCCGCCACAGAGCAGGAGCUGCCGCAGCCGCAGGCCGAGACAGUAACUGCCCCCUCUGCCCCUGGGGAGGCGCGUGGGGCUCUUGUGGGAGCAACGCUGGCAGCUGAGGAGACCAAAGCAGCUGCCACCAAGAGACCUGAGGUGGCAGGCGAAGGGUCCCCGGCUGAGGCUGCUCCAGAGCUUUCAGCUGCUCCUCCCGUCUCUCCAGCUCCCACGUCUGCUCCUCCCCCGGCGCUGGCCCCACCUCCAUCUCCAUCAUGCGCUGCCCCUCCUGACUCUGCCCCUGCCCCACUGGGCCCUCCCAGUGCCCCUGCUAGCCUGGCCCUGGAACCAGGGCAGCCCAACCCACCCUGCCCCGUGACCCCAGCUCUGCCUCCUCCUGCCCCCUCUCCCUGCCCUGUAGCCACAGCUCUGGCCUCUCCCUGCCCCGUGGCCCCAGCUCUCGCUCCUUCCUCCCCUAUGGCCUUGACUCUGGCCUCUCCUGCCUCCCCUUCCUGCCCCAUGGUCCCACCUCUGGCCCCUCCUGUCUCCCCUCCCUUCCCCAUGGCCACAGCUCCAGCCCCUCCUGCUGCCCCUCCCUGCCCUGUGGCCUCGGCACCGGCCCCUCCUGCCUCCCAUCCCCUCCCCAUGGCCACAGCUCCGGCCUCUCCUGCCCCCCCCCUUUCCCCUCCUGUGGUCCCAGCUAUGGUGGCACCUGAAUUAUCAUGUCCCAUGAAGCUCCCAGUUCCAGCAGCUGGCAUGGCCAUGGCAGUGGCCAGCCCCUCUGCCCCAGCCCAGGUCCUUGGGGCCCCAGCUGCUUCUGCAUCUCCAGGCUCUCAGCCUGUGGCCCCGGCUCUGGCCUCUCCUGCCCCUCCCCUCUCCCCUUCUGUGGUCCCAGCUAUGGUGGCACCUGAAUUAUCAUGUCCCAUGAAGCUCGCAGCUCCAGCGGCUGGCAUGGCUGUGGCAAUGGCCAGCCCCUCUGCCCCAGCCCAGGUCCCUGGGGCCCCAGCUGCUUCUGCAGCUCCAGGCUCUCAGCCUGUGGCCCCGGCUCUGGCCUCUCCUGCCCCUCCCCUCUCCCCUUCUGUGGUCCCAGCUAUGGUGGCACCUGAAUUAUCAUGUCCCAUGAAGCUCGCAGCUCCAGCGGCUGGCAUGGCUGUGGCAAUGGCCAGCCCCUCUGCCCCAGCCCAGGUCCCUGGGGCCCCAGCUGCUUCUGCAGCUCCAGGCUCUCAGCCUGUGGCCCCGGUUCUGGCCUCUCCUGCCCCUCCCCUCUCCCCUCCUGUGGUCCCAGCUAUGGUGGCACCUGAAUUAUCAUGUCCCAUGAAGCUCGCAGCUCCAGUGGCUGGCAUGGCCGUGGCAAUGGCCAGCCCCUCUGCCCCAGCCCAGGUCCCUGGGGCCCCAGCUGCUUCUGCAGCUCCAGGCUCUCAGCCUGUGGCCCCGGCUCUGGCCUCUCCUGCCCCUCCCCUCUCCCCUCCUGUGGUCCCAGCUAUGGUGACACCUGAAUUAUCAUGUCCCAUGAAGCUCCCAGCUCCAGCAGCUGGCAUGGCAAUGGCCAGCCCCUCUGCCCCAGCCCAGGUCCCUGGGGCCCUAGCUGCUUCUGCAGCUCCAGGCUGUCAGUCUGCUGCCACCUCCCUGGCUUCCCCCACUCCAGCCUCUCCCAUUUGUCCUCUUAUCCCCAGCUCCUCUGCUGUCCCCCUGGGCACCCCUGUGACAACAGCUGGGCCAUUGCCUGCUCCUCCACUGGCUCCUGUCACCGCUCCUGUCACUGCAGCUGCUCUGGUAGGCCCUGCCCCCAGGAUCCCGGCUGCUGCCGCUCUGUCUCAGAGUCCUGCCUCUCUGGCAGCUGCCCCAGGUCCCUUGUCUCCCCCCACGACACCAGCAGCAGGCCCUGCUUUGCCACCAGGUCCAGUCCUGGCCCCUGCAACCCCCUCCCCUCCCGCUUCCCUGACAGCCCCUGGACCACAGCCUGGGACACCAGCCACAGCUGCUCCCCCCUCUCUGCCAGCUCCUGCCCCUGCCCCCAUGACCUCUCCUGCUCCCUUGGGAGCCCCAGCUGUGGCCCCGGUGACAUCACCCAUGGUGCCAACCCCCAGCUCUGCCCCUGCACCUAUCCCUAUAACCUCAGUAGUGGGGGUUCCACUCCCUGCCCCUGGGACCCCUCAGGUUCCCACCUCUGCCCCCAGAACACCUUUGGCAGCCACUUCUCUGCCAUGUGCUGCCCCUCCCAAGUCCCCCACUCCUGAGUCUCUCCUGCCCCCCCUCCUUCCGCCUGCUUCCCCUGGGCUGGGGGCUCCGGUCCUCCUUAGCCCUGCACCCCCAGCUCCCUCUGAGGCUCCAGGCUCUCCCCUGUUCUCUCUCUCUCCUACCCUUACAGCUUCUCCCAGGGCAUCUAUUCCUCCUCCAGCUGCCCCAGCCCCAUCUCUUUCUCCUGGGGCCCCUCUGGCCCCAGUUCUGGUCACCCCCACUCUACCUGCUGCCUCUCUGAGCCCUUUUUCUCCUGCUGGGGCUCCUGCUCCUGUCCCAGAGGCAUUAGCAGAGUCUGCCACCCCCAGCUCUGCCUCAGGUGACAGCCUGGCUCCUGUCCAGCCCCCCAAAACACAAGCUGCCCCGUGUCCGGCCUCUGUAGCCCUCCCUGCUUUUCCUGUUACCCCAGCGAGUGCUGCAGCGCAGCCUCCUGCCCCUGAGAAGAAGCUGUCACCUGCCCCCAUCCCUGCCAAGCUGUCUGCUCCUCCAGCCUCAGCUGCUCCCACUCCCAAAGCCCCACCUCCUGCCCCUGCCCCUGCUCCUGCCAUUGAGGACAACGAGCUGCCGCCCCUGAUCCCCCCGGAGGGGCCCGCUGACGAGCCGCCCCUGCAGCCCGUCCUGGUGGACCUCUCCUCUCCCAGAGCGGCCGCAGCCCCGGCCGAUGUCCCCGCUCCUCCUCCUGCGGCCCCGGCUCUGGCCAAGCCGCCUGUGCUGAAGAAUGACAAGGGGUCUGGCACAGAGUCCGACAGCGACGAAUCCGUCCCAGAGCUCGAGGAGCAGGACUCCACACAGGCCACAACACAGCAGGCACAGCUUGCAGCAGCCGCCGAAAUAGAUGAAGAACCCGUCAGCAAAGCAAAACAGAGCCGGAGCGAAAAGAAGGCACGGAAGGCAAUGUCCAAGCUGGGCCUUCGCCAGGUCACAGGAGUAACCAGGGUCACCAUCCGGAAAUCUAAGAACAUCCUCUUCGUCAUCACAAAGCCAGACGUGUACAAGAGCCCCGCGUCAGACACUUACAUUGUCUUCGGGGAGGCCAAGAUCGAGGAUCUGUCCCAGCAAGCACAGCUGGCAGCCGCUGAGAAGUUCAAGGUGCAAGGAGAAGCCGUGUCAAACAUCCAGGAGAACACACAGACGCCCACAGUGCAGGAGGAGAGCGAGGAGGAGGAGGUGGACGAGACUGGCGUGGAGGUGAAGGACAUUGAGCUCGUCAUGUCGCAGGCCAACGUGUCCCGGGCGAAGGCAGUGCGCGCCCUCAAGAACAACAGCAACGACAUCGUAAAUGCCAUCAUGGAGUUGACGAUGUAGCCGUGGGAAGGGAGGAACCUUUUUGGUGUUUCAAAGCAGAGUCGAUCACAGCUAGAUUUAACCUUUGUACAAUUUCUAUCAAGGAAUAAACGUUGUGGCUUCUUGUUGGUGAAA